AUGUUAGCCUUCAGACGAUUCAUCAGCAGACGAUCAUUACCAAGACUGAUGAUAUCUGAUAAUGGUACCACUUUUCAUGCAGCAGCCAAUCAAAUCCGGCGACUCUAUAAUUCGCAAAAUCUUCAUACUGCCCUUACACAAAGAGGAACACACUGGCAGUUUAUUCCAAAAAGAGCACCUUGGUAUGGUGGAAUGUGGGAGCGACUAAUUGGUGUAAUGAAAACAGCGAUUAAGAAAGUUCUCGGCAAAGCUUCCAUUAAUUUGCAAACGCUGCAGACGAUAGUUACCGAAGUAGAGGCAAUGAUGAACGAUCGACCAAUUACCUACGUUUCAUCUGCUAGAGAUGAUCCAGAGCCUCUCACCCCUUCACACUUACUACAUGGACGCAGGCUGACAACUCUACCAUUCUACGAUACUGUGGUAACCAACGAUACUCCCGGUUACCACAGCAAAGGUGACGAUGUUCGACAACGUGCUAAACGACAUGAGGAGUUAAUUAAUCACUAUUGGCACCGCUGGAAACACGAGUAUCUGACGUCAUUAAGAGAAUACCAACGGUCGAGUGGUACCACAAACCAGACUAUUCAGGUUGGUGACGUUGUUAUUGUCCAAGACGACUUUACACCCAGGCUACAGUGGAGCCUUGCGGUAGUUGAUGAACUUUUAACGGGAAAUGACGGGUUUUCGAGGGCCGCGAGGAUACGUACAUCCGGAGGGCUGACUACACGACCGAUUAUCAAAUUGUACCCAUUGGAAAUUAUCCAGAAACCAGAUGAAUAG